AUGGCAGACGUAGAAAAUCAAACAGCUUCCGCCGCGGUGACAGCUUCGGCCGCCGCCUCCUCCGCCGGAACGCCUCACGCCAAGAAGGAAAAGAAAGCGAAGAAUCCCAGGAGCAAACCUUCCCAUCCGCCGACUUCGGAGAUGGUGACCAACGCCAUCAAAGGUUUGAAAGAACGCGGCGGAUCGUCCCUCCAGGCCAUCAAAAAAUUCGUCGCCGCCAACUACAAGGUCGACGCCGAAAAAGUUGCUCCGUUCAUCAAGAAAUACCUGAAAGGCGCCGUCGCUUCCGGUUCCCUCGUCCAGACGAAAGGCAAAGGUGCUUCCGGUUCUUUCAAGUUGGCCUCCACGACCGCCGGCGGUGCCAAAGCCGCCGCCUCCGCCGCCGAAAGGAAGAGGAAAUCCGGCGCCGGCAGGACGAAGAAAGCCGCGAUAGGCGCGGGAAAACGCGCUUCCGCCGGAGCCGCCGCCGCCGCCGCCGGCGAGAAGGCGGCUUCUAAGGUUUCGAAGAAGACCGCGCCGAAAGCGAAAAAGGCCGCCGCCGAAAAGAAGACCGCUUCCGUGGCCAAAGCGAAGAAGGCCGCCGCCGCCGCUGCCAGCGCCUCCGCCGCAGAGAAGAAGGCCGCCGCCGCCGCUGCCGCCAGAGCGGCGUCGAAGGCGAAAUCUCCUUCGAAAGCGAAAAGAUCUAACAAGGCCGGACCCACGAAGAAACCGAAAGCUCCGAAACCCAAGUCCACCAAGGCCGUCUCCGCCAAAGCGAAGAAAGCCGCUUCUCCGAAAAGAAAAAAGUGA